CUUCCUCCUCGCCCCGCUCGCUCGCUCGCUCACCGGCAAUGGAGGCCACCGCGUUCGCGCUCUCCUCCACCGCCGCCGUUGGCGGCCGCCGCUCGCCGGCGAAGGCUAUCCGCCCCGUUCGAUUCUCCGCGCGCGCUCCCCGCCUCCGCGCGACCCAGAACGCCGCGCUGCGGCGCGCCCUGUCCGCCGCGUCUCCGGGCACGAGGAGGCUGAGGAGGGGGAGCGCGCUGGUGGUGCGGGCAGAGAUGUUCGGGCAGCUCACCACCGGGCUGGAGUCCGCGUGGAACAAGCUGCGUGGCGUCGACGUACUGACGAAGGAAAAUAUAGUUGAACCAAUGAGGGAUAUAAGAAGAGCACUUCUGGAAGCAGAUGUUAGUUUGCCUGUAGUGAGACGAUUUGUUUCGUCUAUAAGUGAAAAAGCUUUAGGUUCUGAUCUUAUAAGAGGAGUCCGACCGGACCAGCAAUUAGUGAAGAUUGUGCACGAUGAACUUGUGCAACUGAUGGGUGGAGAAGUAUCGGAUCUGGUAUUUGCAAAAAGUGGUCCCACGGUAAUCUUAUUGGCAGGCCUGCAAGGUGUUGGGAAGACUACUGUUUGUGCAAAGCUUGCAUUUUACCUAAAGAAACUGGGCAAGAGUUGUAUGCUGGUUGCUGCAGAUGUUUACAGGCCUGCAGCCAUUGAUCAACUCACUAUACUGGGGGAACAGGUUGGUGUACCAGUUUACUCAGAAGGAACAGAAUCCAGACCUGCACAAAUAACCAAGAAUGCCGUGGAAGAGGCCAAAAGAAGAAAUUUCGAUGCCAUUGUAGUGGAUACUGCUGGAAGACUACAGAUUGACAGAUCAAUGAUGGAUGAAUUGAAGGAAGUGAAGAAGGCGGUUAAUCCUACAGAAGUUCUGCUUGUUGUUGAUGCCAUGACUGGACAAGAAGCCGCAGCAUUGGUCACCACCUUCAAUAUUGAGAUUGGUAUCACUGGAGCUAUAUUGACUAAACUGGAUGGAGAUUCCAGGGGUGGAGCAGCACUAAGCGUUAAAGAGGUGUCUGGAAAGCCCAUCAAGUUUGUAGGGCGUGGAGAACGGAUGGAGGACCUUGAGCUUUUUUAUCCUGACCGUAUGGCACAACGUGUUUUGGGAAUGGGCGAUGUACUUUCGUUUGUUGAAAAAGCACAAGAAGUCAUGCGUCAAGAAGAUGCUGUAGAAUUACAGAAGAAGAUCAUGAGCGCAAAAUUUGACUUCAAUGACUUUCUAAAGCAAUCACAGAAUGUUGCAAAAAUGGGUUCCAUGAGCCGUGUAAUUGGAAUGAUUCCAGGAAUGAACAAGGUUACUCCUGCACAAAUUCGGGAAGCUGAGAAAAGGCUUGCAUUCGUUGAGUCUAUGAUCAAUGCAAUGACUGCAGAGGAAAGGGAAAAACCAGAGUUACUGGCUGAAUCACGUGACAGGAGGAUAAGAGUAGCCGAGGAGUCUGGAAAGACAGAAAAAGAGGUGAGCCAGUUGGUUGCCCAGCUUUUCCAAAUGCGUGCUCAGAUGCAGAAACUGAUGGGUGUGAUGACCGGACAAGAAGCACUUCCAGGCAUGGGAGGUCUCAUGGAGUCCCUUAACGCCGAUGAGAAGGCACCUCCUGGCACUGCACGGCGGAAGAGGAGGCACAGCAAGACGAGGCAGAGGGAGCUGGAUGCAGUGGGUGGCGUCCCAAGUUCUUGAGCUGUUGUGCAUUGUAGUUGAGAGUUACCGCUCUCUUUUGCGGUCAGGGACUGGGUGUCAGAGCUAAGAGGGAGGAGAAAAUGUUCUGCUAGCUUUGCACGUAGGAACCUUCAGGAAGUUUAUAGAAAGCACUAAAUUCCUGCCAUUUUUUCUUGUUACAUAUUGAGUUCUGUUCAUCAAUGCAAUCAGUUCACUUCAAUGAUCAAACUUUUCAGAGAAAAGCGUACUUAAUAUUCUUGAGCACCGAAAGAGGCAUCACAUGCUAUUGUAGAAAAAUCAGCUUU